AUGAUGCCUAAAUGGUUGAACUUCCUCAUAGGAGGAGCUAGUGGAAUGAUGGCAAUCUCCAUAGUUCAGCCAGCAGACUUGUUGAAAACUCGUAUGCAGUUACUAGGGCCUGCUGGACGGAACCUGUCAGCAUUUGCCUUAGCCAGGGAUAUCGUGAAGUAUGAAGGCGUCAGAGGGUUCUACGGAGGUCUAACCGCCGCCCUGUUCCGCCAAGCGACCUACACCACUGGGCGCCUCGGCUGUUUUAACGUUAUGUUUGACACGUAUAAAUCAAAAUACGGUACUCCAUCAUUUCCGAAGAAGGUGGUGAUGGGUGUCGUUGCUGGAGGCGUUGGUUCCUUGAUUGGGAAUCCGGCUGAGGUAGCUCUGAUCAGAAUGACGGCUGAUGGCAGGCUGCCCGAGCAAGAUAGGAGGAACUAUAGGAAUGUGUUCAACGCUAUAUCCAGGAUAGUCAGAGAGGAGGGUGUGCGAACUCUAUGGAGGGGAGCCGGUGCCACAGUCAGCAGAGCUAUGGUCGUAAACGGCGCUCAAUUAGGCUCAUAUGCUCAGGCUCGAGAAAUGCUGCUACCGACUCUUGGUGAUGGCUUGCCGCUUCACACGGUCGCGGCUAUGAUAUCCGGGUUUAUCACAACUGUCGCUUCUCUGCCCGUCGACAUCGUCAAGACAAGAGUACAGAAUUCAGUAGAAGGAAUGAGCCAGUUCGCAGUUUUAAGGAAAAUUAUCAGGAAUGAAGGUGUUCUUUCUCUAUGGAGUGGCUUGUUACCGACUUAUAUGAAGAUUGGUCCCAUGACAGUUCUGAUAUUCAUGUUCCUCGAACAGAUGAAACGAUUGUAUCACAAAUACGAACGGAUUAUUGUAGCCAAUAAGCCUGAUGAUAGAGCGCCGCACAAUGAAAGUAAAUCGCCGUGCCGCGUAACGAGAACCUGGAGAAAGCCGAGAAAGAGAAACAAAUUAAGUAUAUGGACUCCGUACGAGGUUGUCGCCAUGUUCUUACAAAGGUGCAAGUGA